GCAUCGGCAGGCGGCUGGCGUGCGGCGUUUGCGCGUGCGCGGCGCCGUCGACGACGUAUUAUCACAAGCCCGCACACGCACACACACACUCACGGGCGCACACUCGCACACCGACGGUAUCAUCAAUCGUGUGUCUGUUUUUCUCCGUAAAAAAAAAAAAUACAAAAUAUAGGUAUUGAAAAAAAUAUCGUAGAGUCGUCGCGAACGGCCGACGGUUGCGCGCGCGUUGCUCACCGCUAUCCAGGCACGGCGGGCUCGCGUUUUUGAUUUGUGUGCGGCGACCGAGUGGACCGGACGGCCGUGGAGUUUAAAACGGCAGCAGUUAGGUAACCGACGACGGAGAUUAGACGAUUGUUUUUUUUUUGCAAUUCGGGGUUUAAUUUUUUUUUUUUUUUCGCGCUAUCCGCGGGCACUCGCCGGCCAGCGGCCCCCUUUUGCAACACCUACACGCACACACACACACACGAGUGUUGAGAACGAUUGUUGCGUGCACGUGAUGAAAGUGAUCGACGCGGACGGUACCGAACAGACCACUCUUCGGUACGUUUGGCCGCAAGACGACCGAGACUCCGUAGCCGUCGGUCCGCUGCUGCUGGCCGAUUAGGACGAUAACCACCCCAGCCGGGUGCCAUGCAUCGUGCCAACGUCGUCGGCGGUGGUAGCGGUGGAAACGGUCGUCGCUCUGCUGUGGCCGUCGAAGAGUCCGAUGUGACGGCGUCUACAACGUUUAUGGGAGUCAAUGGACGUGACGAUGACUUUGCCGUAGACGACGAGGCAACCACUACGACCCUGAUUUAUGUUAAAAAAGAGACUAUGGAUGAUGACGAUGAAAACAGCAAACAUCAAUUGAUCCACUUGCAGCAUCAACAGCAACACGACACUAACGAAAUAGAAGACAUUUAUCGUCGUCACCGCCGGCCAAGAUUAACUGCUGCAGCCGCUAAACAUCAACAACUCCAGAUUCAACAUAAUCAGCAAUUUGAUAACAUCACAUCGUCAUCAGCAUCAACCACUACCACUAAUCGCCAAGAAAGGCUUAUGCUUGUAUCUGUCGAUUCUGGUAGUGUUGGAAGCAGCCGACACCGACAACCAUCGUCAUCGGUCGCUCAAUUUUGUUGUUCAAGCACCACUGCAGCAGCAGGGAUACAACAGCAACAGCAUCAACACCAUCAUAACCAACAGCAGCAGCAGCAACAAAUUCCACCUUCUACUACCGUUGUAAUGAUCAAAGAAGAAGAUGUAUCCAUGUCAGCUGUGGUCGGUGGUGAUAGUUUGCAUCACCAUCACCAUCAUCAUCAACAGCACCAACACCAUCAUCAGCAACAGCACAAUAUGAACGCGGCAGCGGCGGUGACAAUUGUCACUAACAAUAAUAGCAACACCACCAAUGCUACUUCCUCGUCACCACCUCCACCACGACGCCUGUGUCUGGUAUGCGGCGACGUUGCUUCAGGCUUCCAUUAUGGCGUAGCAUCGUGUGAAGCGUGCAAGGCGUUCUUCAAGCGCACCAUACAGGGUAACAUCGAAUAUACAUGUCCUGCCAGUGGAGAUUGUGAAAUCAAUAAACGACGGCGGAAAGCAUGUCAGGCAUGUCGUAUGCAAAAGUGUCUGAGGACCGGUAUGCUCAAAGAAGGCGUGCGACUGGAUCGGGUGCGUGGCGGUCGUCAAAAGUACCGAAGACAGCCAUCUACUCCUAUACCUACUGCGGCGAUAUCUGUCGUUCAAUCGGCACCGCAAACUGUGCAUCAGCAACAGCAAUCUACUGCAGCGACAACUGUCAAUAAUUCUAUUCACCAUCAUCAUCAUCAUCAUACGCACAAUAAUGCCGCCUCGUCUAUACAUCAUCACCACCAUCAACAGCAGUCUUUUAACAAUGCUUUUGGAAAUAACAAAAUUAUCUCCGGAAAUUAUCAUCACCACCAUUCAUAUCACCAUCAACAAUUGAAUUCAGUGCCUCGCCAAAUGUGUUCAAACGGUAGUAAUGGUACAACCGCGACAGUGUCAGUACACAACAACCAACAUCAUCACCACAGAUUGCUUAACAGUAACGGAAGAGGAAGUGGUGGUUGGAACAACAAUAAUGACGAUGGCGUGUGUAUUAAACAAGAGUAUGAUCAGCAGUGUUGUUGUAAUGAUGCUGUAACUGCAGUGGAUGCAAUCAAGGAGUGUGAAAAAAUGUUGGAAGCCCUUAGACAAUGUGAACCUGAGAUGCCAACGUUAUUAGGUGCCGGAGACGGAUUAACUAACGCCGCCCUCACAAUGGAGUUUUUCACACAGUCCUCGACCCUAGGUGUACAGCAAGGAACAGUGGUAACAAUGGGUGGUGGUAUAGUCGAAGACGGUAUAUCUUCAACGUCUUCGCCAUCAUCAACGUCAUCAUCAUCGUCAUCAGCAUCAGCAGCGUCAUCACAAUCGGUGGCGGCCACUAUGGUUGUGCACACGCUCGCUGAACUAUAUGACAGAGAGCUGGUAAGCACCAUUGGUUGGGCCAAGCAGAUACCCGGGUUCACUGACCUAUCGCUCAAUGACCAAAUGCGCUUAUUGCAAUCAACUUGGGCGGAACUGUUGACAUUAACCACGGCAUUCCGUUCCUUGGAACAGUUUAAUGGUCAAAGUGGUGACGGCGGUAGUGACAUUAAUAGUAUUGGCGUUGUCAGUGAAGAAUGUAGUGGCAAUGGUCUUAGGUUGCGGUAUGCUACAGAUUAUUGGUUGGACGAGAAGUUAGCUAGAGAGUGUUGUUCUGCAACUAACGGCGCUUCUUCAUCGUCAAAUGGUACAACUGGUGGUUCGGGAGUGAUCACGACUCCAACUGUGCUGGACAUUUACAACUUGUCGGCUCAUAUAGUUCGACAAUUUAGAGCAGUAAAUGGUGGAGAAGGUUUAACUUCAGAUCAAUAUUAUCUACUCAAGGCGUUAGUCUUGGCUAAUUCAGAUGAUCUAACAUUAGCAUCAUCGGCGAUGACAACAGCAGCUGCUGGAAAGAAUCAUGGUACCAAUAGAACAGUGUCUAAAGGCGAUGAUGUGGUGGUUCAGCAGCAGCAGCAGCAGUCAGCUGUCAAACAGUUUCGUGCUACCAUUGCCCGUGCUCUUCAAACGCAUCUGGAGAUGACUGUGGCUGUGGCGGCAGUAUCAAAUUGUUGUUGUUGUGAUGGUAGUUCUAAUUGUUGUUCUACACCAGCCGUGACUAUGGAUUGUUGUAGCAACAAUGGAGCCACCACUGCAGACGGCAGUGGAAUGACUACCAAUUGUUGUAGCUGUUGCUGCAAAAGCAACAGCAACAACAAUACUACAUCUAAUCAACUUGACAAUGGUGGUGAAAUUGUUGUCGUUGUUGACAAUCAUCAACAGCAAGUUCAUCGCCAGCCACAACAACAUAUGGAUACCUCAGGCAUAUCCACUACAGAUGCUUCUGCGGCUACAGUCGUUGUCGUCGGUACCACCAACAACGUAGUGAUGGACGAUGACGAUUGUUGUGGAGGCACUCCAUUAAUUGACAACCAACAACACCAUCAUCACCAUUCUCAUCAAACAGAAUCCACAGACUCUGCUUCGUCAAAACUCAUUCAACUGCUUAUGUGCUUGCCCGCACUACGACAGGCUGAUCAACUAAUCCGGCAGUACUGGACCCGGGUUCACCGGGAAAAUCAGCAGCAAUUAGCUGCCACCACUCAACCACCACAACCACAAAACACAGUUGCUCCAGGUUCUGGAGUAGGUUUUACUAGGCAAUCUGCAGCUGCUGACCGACCAUCAUCUAUAGGUAAUGGCAGUGGUAGCAAUAGUACAGCUGUAGUCAAAAUGAACAAAUUGUUUGUCGAAAUGCUGGAGGCCUGUCUGCGGUAAUUACAUUAUUCAGUGGUCGUCAUAUUGCUCUUCUGUAUUCUGGGUGGUGUUGCGGCAUUAAUAGCAGAUGUAGACAUCACAGACUUUUAAACUACAUAAGAUAAAAUAAAAACUCGUGUAAUCAAAUAAGGCAUCAUGACACAUUUAUUUGGUUGGAAAAUUAACAUAGAUAUAAAUAGUCAUUGAUAUUGUAUAAUAUGUAAUAAUAUAUAAUAUAUAUAUCUAUGGAUUUUUUAAACAACCAAAAACAUGAUAGAUAAACAUCAACUUUUUAUAUACAUUCCGGGUUAUUUAUCUAGUUUAGUCUAAAAGUCUGUGGGUAGUGUUUAAUUAGUUUUACAAUAGUGGUAGUGUUUUGUUUUGUUUUAUUAUUAUUUUUUUUUUUUAUCAAUAUUUAUAGCGGUGGCAACAGUGAACGUUGAUAUAAGCGUUUAUAUAUUUCCAAUAAAUAAUAAAUUCGCUACUGCCAUAUAUCUUUAUUUUUUGUUAGAAUUUUUGUGACACUUGCGUUAUCUUUUUUUUCAUAAUUAUUUUCCACAAUACCCUCCUCUCAUAAACACACCCAAAUCAUUGUUGUAUGUGUAAAUUGUAUACGAACAUUGUGGAUGUACGUUUAUGUAUUAAAAUAUAAUAGAUAUUUAUAUUAUGAUUAUUUUAAUUAUAGACGAACAUAUAUUUUUAAAAAUAUGUACAUACAUAUAUAUACAAUUUAUACAAUAUAUAUGUAUGUAUAGUUUUAGUUUUGUAAUAAUAUUUUAUUGCCAAUCGUUGUUAUUGUUGAGAUUGUUAUAGUUUUUUUCUCUUUUAUCAUCGUUUGUUGUUAAAUAUUUAUAAUAAUAUAAAAUAUACGUAACUAUACGAAUAUCCAUAAAA